GAAAUACGCAUGGCGUUUUGUGCUAACAGUUUCAUAGUCGAUAAAUAUUCUUCUUCUCCCAAAGGCAGCUGUCGGAGAUUGCUUCUUCUAUCUUGUUGUAACGGUCGAGGUUCAUGCGAGCGCUCUAUGCGUGCGCAAAGGACUCAGCAGGAGCAUGGCGUUGAUGUCGGCCUCUCCCGUGGCAGUGUUGGUCUUGCUCGUAUCCGCCAGUCUUUGUGCAGAACUAGUAGUGUCAGAACCUGAUGGAGACCAAUGUGCAGUCAGAAAGGAUCCGGGAAAGCCAUCGCGUUACCUCGAGACUGCUUACAUUGUGCUGCUUUGCAUUGUCAUCCUGUUCAUGAUAUUUUUCUUUUUGAAUUUGGAACGGCUUGCCACCUUUAUCGCAUUUGGGAAAUAUGAACACGACACGGUCAAGUCCUUCAGAAGUACAGUGGGAACCGGACCAAUUGAGAUUUCAGACACUGUACCAGUCAUUCCGUCGCCUUUGGUCACCUGGAUCUCCUCAUAUAGUCAGUCGAAUUUCGGUGACGUCACAUACUGUGAACUGGACAGCGAAACCGGCAAACAUGACUGCUUACUGAGAGCGUUCAAUGGCAUAGAUGAGGGAGAAAUGGAUCGAAUGGCUGCUCUUUUUUGUAAAGAAACCAGAGUCCUUGCCGCCUCCAACCACGAAAACAUCCUGAAGUUUUAUGGUAUGGUUAAUCCUACUGCAGAAUCCGGGUUGCAUUUCCCGGCUCAGGUUCUCGAGUAUCCCAAGCUCGGUCGACUGGACAUCUUCUUGCGCGAGUCGGAGAUGAGCACCAGAGCCGCACUACCGACCGAGGACCGACCGGGCAUUAUGACCCAGCAGACGCUGGUGCGCUUUGCGCACGACAUCUGCUCGGCAGUGGAAUACAUUCAUCAAACAGAUUUUGUCCACAAGGAUCUGGGCUGUCGCAACUGCUUUGUCACCAAUCAGUUUCAGGUCAAGCUCUCGAUGUAUGAGCUUCACAUCAAAAAGCUGAAUUGGGAAUACCGCAAGCCGAAAGGUUUCCUCCGCUUCAACUGUGCGUACCGCUGGAUGUCACCAGAGAUGGUAUCUGGACAAGACAAAAUCACGUGCAAGUCGGAUAUCUACAUGAUGGCCGUCACCAUGUGGGAGAUCUUUCAAAAGGGAGAAAAGCCCUACCCGAGUCUGAAGGAGCAAGAGGCGGAGGCCAAGAUUGCGGAGGGAAAGCUUCUACCAUGGCCCAAGUACUGUUCGUCAGAUGUCCACGAGUUCAUGAACCGAUGCUGGUUGAGAAGUCCCAACCAGCGACCGACUGCAACGGAAGCCAAGGAUUUCUUGAAGAGCAAGCUGCCAGCAAGCAGUAUCGGCUUGCCUGGCUGUGACAUUGACGACACGGUAGAUUAUCUAGCGCAGCGGCGUGCUAGCACUGAAUCAAGCGGUAGCACACAGUCUGCUCAGGCUGUAGUUUCCGAUGCCGUCGACAAUGUACUGACGGUUCACUCGGCUUUUGGCGAACGUUAUUCCGGCCAGCCCGACCAAGCAGAAGCACAGGAAUUGUUAGCUGCCGACUCCACACCGAGUCCAACGCCUGCUGGCGGUGCCGGCGAUGGCGAUACCGAAAUGGAAGUGGUCGUCAGAGAGGGUAGCGGCUCUGCCGUGGACAACGCGUCCCGGCGGUCAGAUGCGCACCUCCUUCCGGGCAGUCCAAGCGGGACCAAUCCGCAUUCGCAGACCACUGCUGUGUAGGUACAGCCGUCACAUCAGCCCUAUAUCAAGUCUUCACCUAUCUCCAGUGUUCUGAAUAGUGCGUGUUGCGAGCCAGUCAUGUCCAGUGAUGCAAACACGUCCGACUCCUCGAUCUAUAUCGCCAUAAUCUCCGGGAAGCUAUUGAUACAACUGGCCAGCUUGCUAUUCUUCACGGUGAGUGACCCUGUACCACAGUGUGUGUAUGCUGACGUAUUCAGAAUGGCGUAUUGGCAAAUUGCUAGCUUGGAAAAGUCACUGGCAUGGCCCUGUUAUAGACUACUAUUGAGCCCCUUCUUUGUCCAUCUCUGCUUAUGCUCCCCCGUUGUAGUUGCACCGCGUCAUGCAACCGGUGUCUAAUCUAAUCUCACCUCUGGAGCCCCCCCCCCCCCCUGCCCAACCAGCUAUAGAUUUUGGCCCCAGCUACUCGACAUUGCAUGUGUCUUGGUCUUUUUCGGUGCUGCUCCAGGCUUUGGUGAUGCCUAAUUGUACUCAUGAUAACUCCGAUUUCCUAUCAAAUGAAUGGUAUACUCAA